AUGUGUGCCAAAGCACCUCUUAGGGAGAAGUCAGCCUGGGCAAAGGUCAGUGAAGGAGAUGGACUCACUGUAUCUUCGCAUCAACAACUUUUGGGCUCUGGUUCCAAGAUGACUCGUCAGUACGCCUGGUCGCUUGAUACUGUUAUGCAGAGAACUUAUCUGCGCCUCCACCUUCGAAGCCGCACCGGAGAGGGCAUUUUCCCAUUCCGAGUCAUUGUUCAUCUGCACAACGUCCGCCACGGACACAUUGCCAAUCCAAAGGAAGGCUCGAAGGAGAAGAAAAGGAUGACUUUCUACGCUUUCUCCGACGAAUGCUAUGUUGGCUUCCUGAAGAAAGAGCCUCUGCAAAAGAUCUGCUAUUUGAUCCUUGGCUAA